AGAUAACACCAGUACCAUCGAAAAUUUUUAGUAACAAACAGGUCUACUUUUGCUUUAACAAUUUUUUUGGAUUAAAACAACGAUAUAUAUUUUUUGAAAAGCCUCCAGCUAUCAUCAGAUGGAGGGAGCAGAAGUAAUAACAAUCUUGACCAAUAAACAACUUAUUCUUCGGCACAAAAGUAAAGUUACGAAUUUAUACGAACGUAGAGCUUGUUACAGUCCCGGUAUGUGUUUCGAAGAGGAGUCCGCAUUUAGACCAGAACCUGUACAUAAGGAUAUGAAAAAAAUAAGAACUGUAUAUGAAGAUGACAACACAACAGAGAAAUCAAGUACUUAUUUUGAACUCGAUACUGAUAAAAAGCUAGAGCAUGUCGGUGCAGAUCAUUCAGAUAAAAUCGAAAUCCACAAAACCAAGUCCUACACGUAUUCAAAUUCAGAUUCUGAAAUAAAAGUUAAAGCUAAGGCCACAAGAAACAAAAAUAAAACACUCAGACUGGCAAAACGAGCUUGCGAUAAUACCUGGAAAAAUUCUUUAAUUGAUCUUAGUGAAGGGCAAAAUAACAAACGAAAUUAUGUUCCUGGGAAUGAAGAACAAAAGCUACCCAACUGCGAUGUCGAAAGAGAUGAAAACAGAAACUAUUUACAGAGUAAGUCUGAAGGUAACAAGGAUUUUAUUGUUCACAGCUCAGAUGACGAUUACGAUACUGCAAUGGUGUUUCGAAACGACUUAUUAAAACUUGACAUUCCAGAUCUAACGUUUGAUAACUUUGUACACAUCAAUCCGCAGAAAACUGAAAUGGAGAGUAUAUCAUCGCUUCAUGAACAGUGUAACACAGUCUUGCUUUUUGUCACACAUAACUAUGCUAAUGACAAACUUCGACGCCGGCAAGCGGAAAUAUUGUUACAUCAAAGUUUGGAAAUGGAAGGCCUUGAGCAUUGGGUUGUGCCUGUAUGGGUUGAAAAGGGCGCAAAAAAAUCAAUUUUAGAAUGGGCUCCGAUAAAAGGAAUACAGUAUUACCAAUCACAGCAGAACAAAUCAGACUUUUCAAAGCAAGUAUCAGAUCUGGUGAUGACCGGGAGGAGGCGGCCUAUGUACCAAGGACUGUAAGGAGUUUUACAAAUCAAUUUAGUAAGGUGAAUUAUGUAUUUACUAAGAUUUAAUUUACUAAGAUUUAUUUUACAAAUUUACAUUUACAAAUUUAUUAUCAUUAUAGAGACAGAGGAGGAGCGUAUUGAUAGACGAGAGAGGCGUCAAUUUAGUAAUUAUGUAUUUACUAAGAUUUAAACAUUUAUAGAUUUAUUAUUAUUAUAGAGAGAGAGGAGAUAGACGAUAGAUAGAUAUUGAUAGACGAGAGAGGCGUCAAUUAAGUAUAUAUUAAAUAUAUAGAGAGAGAGGGAGGAUAUUAAUAGACGAAUUAUUACUCAACUUGUGCAGCAGCUUCUUUAAGCAGUUGUAGGGGGUGAUGGAAGGGGAACAAAAGAUUGAUCAUGAAAUGAAUGAUACACUGCACAAAGGUUUUAAAGAAGCACUAUGUAACAGCUUUUACCAUGUCAGCAUCGUAUGGAUAUUUUCUUAUAAUAUUUAUCUCCACUGCUACUGAUAUAAUAUCAGUUUUACUUUAUAAGUAUUCAGUUUCAUUUAGACGACAAGAACAAAAUGUUUUCAAUACAUAUUUAAUUCUGCAAGAAAAAUAGAAACCUAACAAAAAUGCAUCUAUUGAAACCUAACAAAACUGCUGUAACUUUAAUCCAUGAAACCUAAAAGCUUUUGUUGUUGUUACAAAAUAGCUGAUUUUCAGAAACGUCGGAGGAUUUAUUUAACAAACUUUGUAAAAUUUAUAUCUACAUGAAAUCUGGGACAUUUUGUCAUUUUGGCGCAAGACUCUGAGAUUCUACUCUGCUUCCGUUAUAUGCCGACAAAGCAAAACAAACACAGACUCUGAGCUUCUACUCUGCUUCCGUUAUAUGCCGACUAAAUACUCAACAUUUCAGUGUUUAGUAGUACAUGUAUUUAAAAAAAAAACCAUCAAAGCAAAACAAACAAGACUCUGAGAUUCUACUCUGCUUCCGUUAUAUGCCGACAAAGCAAAACAAACACAGACUCUGAGCUUCUACUCUGCUUCCGUUAUAUGCCGACUAAAUACUCAACAUUUCAGUGUUUAGUAGUACAUGUAUUUAAAAAAAAAACCAUCAAAGCAAAACAAACAAUACUCUGAGAUUCUACUCUGUUUCCGUUAUAUGCCGACAAAGCAAAACAAACAAAGACUCUGAGAUUCUACUCUGCUUCCGUUAUAUGCCGACUAAAUACUCUUUAUGUUUUUACCGAAACUUCAUGAGAAAAUGUUUGCCGGUCUAGACAGUACCGAUAAGUUUCCAGUUCAACAGUUCAACAUCAAUGCAUCAGUGCAUUUAUAUUUGGUCGUGUAUUUUACAAUUUCUCUGUUGUAGGCAUCACAAAUGUCAACUAGAUUCUAUUAUGACAGUAAAUAAGAUCUUCCAAACUCCAGUCUUUACGUAGUUUAUAUGCCACAAUGUUCUGAUGUGUAUAUUGCAGUGUCAUCAUAAGUGACGCGUACUAUUCUAGACUCUGCAUGGACUACAUAAACUUAAAUAAAAUUUACUUCUGAUUUCUUUUAUAUCAGAACUUAAAUGUGAUUGAAAAAUCUGCUGUUUCAUAUUUAUGACUUUCAAACAUAUUUAUGACUUUCAAGGUAGAGGACUUUAAAAAAAAGGCAAGAACAUUUAUAUUUGACCCGAUAGCUCAGUCAGUAAAGAAAGUAUUUUCAGACAACCCCACGAUUCCACGAUGAGUGCCAUAUACUAGUAUACACAUGAGAAAUUGUGUUGCUAGACCGGGACUUAUAUUAGGAAUACUCUGGCGACGCUACGAUGUCCUCUCUCGAGCAUUUAUAAUGAACCUAUUUUCCACGCCAUAUACACAUAAAAGAGAGAACAAUCAAAUAUUCAUUAACAUAUCAAAAAGGCUUCUGUAAUAGUUUUUCUUUAAAGUGACACAUCUAUAAAAUGAUAUACUAAUAUUCAGUUCUUUUCACAAAAACUUAAGCAGUGAAAUGUUGACUUCCUAUAAGUCUGUAUCUAAUUUAAGAUGUUGUAUAAUCAAAUCUUUUUGCACUUUGAAACAUUAUGGAUGCACAUAUACUUUUAUUAAUUCAUUUUGGUCUCAAUCAGAAGCAGAGAAAGCAUCCAUACGAUAUAUAACAAGCUUCUUAAAAACUUUUGAGCAGUGUACUGGGGGGAACGUAUCUGGUUCUAUUUAUCCCGAAGUGUACUCGUCGCAAUUCAGGCACUUGGAAGAACAAGAAGUUGUCUUCCUAGGAGAUAUCAGCUUGUUUUUUCUUGACUAAUAUCGGGAUUUAAUGUCAUAAGUUUAUCUUUUUGUUUAAUGGUAUUUUGUGUACUUUGUCGACAGGGAACCUAUCAGAGCCCUGCUACAUUUUAGUAUGUAAAAGGUAGCUCUACAGUUAUCGAUAAUUGAAAGUGUAAAAACCAAUAUAAGCAAAGUUUUAUACAUGUAGUUAAUGUAUUGGAAUUUCGCAUGGUUACGUACUAUCGUGAUGUAAUUCGGAAUUCUUCGGACGUAAAUGUAGCUGAACGCGCACAUUGCUGUCAGUAAAAGUUCGGAAAACGCCGAAAUCGCAUACCUAGAAUACUUAAUUUGCCAGUUGUCAUAACAGGUCCACUACCUUAAAAUUCACGAUUACAACAAGAUAUUGUAUACCAUAAAAUGUAUAUACAUAUCAAGAAUAACUCCUCAAGCACAGUAAUGGAUCUUGUACAGAAUAAAUGUUAUAAUAAAUAUGAUGCCAGUACCUAAUUAUUUCCACUUAGAAAUAUAGAUGUUAUAUAUUAUUCUAACACGACCAGAUGUAUUUCCUGUUAAACAAAACACAUUAAAACUAUGUGUUAUUGUGCAACAAAUAACUGUUUGUACGUCGUAAUUUUUGCGCCAAAGCUUCCAACGUCAAAGCGGUGUGCUAGAAAAGAAAAUCGCACUAAACAGGCAAAAUCGGCAUGGAUUUAGAUUAUCCUUGAUAUCGUGUUAGAACCGAAAUAAUAUGUCUCAAACAGUAUUUUUUCUUGAAUAAAACUAUUGUUUGUCUUUAAGAUGCGUACAAAUCCUUCAUAUCUGAACUCCAAACAAUGGUUUUAUUCAAUAACAAAUCACUUUUUGGACUUAAUUAUUUCUUAAAUUAACCAUGAUUUACAUGUUUCACAAAAUGGCGUGAAUGUUAUGUUUAAGUUUUACCUUGUGUCACGGUUUUUUUGUGAUAUAAUAAUACAUGUAUAUGAUAAUGUUAGAUGCAAUCACCCUGGGAUCACAAGUUCUAUCUAAAACAUUCAUGAAAUUAUCAGUUUUGUUAGCAUACAUUUCUGUUGUUAAGACCAAAAAGGCUAAUUUGCGUUGACAUUUUUAUUUUAGUGUAAUAUUUAAAUAUUACAAUGAAUUAUACAUGAUUAUUUCACAUUGAAAAUAUAUCAGAUAUAAUUGUUUUCACUGGAUGAAAAAUAUCGGAUAUAUAAUUUGUUAAGACCAUUGAAAAACUCAUAUGAAAGAAUUGUUUGUUUUACAUGCUAAAUCAUAUACAAUUUUGAUGUAAGACUUUCAUUACAAAUAUAUUUCCAAAUUGUAUAGUUGCUUCCAUGCGUCAGACGUAAUACAUGUAUAUACAUUUUAGAAAUAAUAUCAAGUUCUUUUGUUUUAUAAUCUCAUAUUUUAUUCAUUUUAUUUAGAUAUGACAUUUACAUUCCUAGUCAAACUGUUUUUAAAUUUAACAUUUUAUUUUUAUAUUAGGAACAUCAGGUUUUUUAUUUUAUUAAACAAGAAGUUAUGUUUACUUCUCUUUAUAUUUUACAAGACACUUGAAGGCUGCUGUGGCAGCGAGAUAUUUAGGAGUUGUGGUGGAUUUAUACAUGAUGUAAUCUGUUAUUUUGAAAAUAUACAAGUUAGUUUUAUUGAACUAAUUAAUUAGUAAUGUUGUCAUAGCUUUAUGCUCAUGCUAUCUGUUAUUAUGAACAUGGGGCCUCCGUGGCCGAGUGGUUAAGGUCGCUGACUUCAAAUCACUUGCCCCUCAUAGAUGUGUGUUCGAGCCUCACUCGGGGCGUUGAAUUCUUCAUGUGAGGAAGCCAUCUAGCUGGCAUACGGAAGAUCGAUGGUUCUACCCAGGUGCCCGCUUGUGAUGAAAUAAUGCACGGAGGGGCACCUGGAGUCUUCCUCCACCAUUAAAGCUGGAAAGUCGCCAUAUGACCUAUCAUGUGUCGGUGCGACGUUAAAUCCAACAAAAAAAAAUAUUAUGAAUAUAUACAAUAAGUUUACUUAUUUUGUUUCCGUAAGUUGUAAUGGAUUUAUGCAUUUUGUUAUCUGUUAUUUCGAAAAAAUACAAGCCAGUUUUAUUGAACUACUUGUUUAUUUAUUUUGUUUCCAUAAAGGUGUUAUAGAUUUAUACAUAUUGUUAUCAGUUAUUAUGAAAAUAUACAGCACAAGAACUACU